AUUAAUAACUACCCUCUUACCUUAACAGGCCGGUGAAUUACCAACUACAUGGAGAAGAAGGAACAUAUUCUCUUACGAAUAAUAAUAAGUUUCUCCUUUUUACUCAAACCAAUCGCCAGUGUCAACGACGACUGCUUGCCAUCCUCUGCAUGCGGCCCCCACGAACCAGAUGUCCGGUUCCCGUUCCGUAUCGUCGGCCGACAACCAGCCCGGUGUGGUUUCCCCGGUUUUGACCUCUCCUGUAACGAACUAAACCGAACAAUCAUCCGACUUCCAUCAUCCCGCUCAUAUAUCGUCAACAGAAUUUCCUACGUUUCACAGAUCAUCUACAUAGAUCCGGAAUUCUGCCGACCAAAUGGAAUAAUCAACGUCAAUGUAAGCGACACGCCAUUCAAUUACAGUAUCUUAUGGAUGAAGAGCUACACUUUUUACAACUGCUCCUUACAGAACUCCGGUUUCAUGUACCCCGGCGUGCCGUUCCCUUGCUUGAGCAGCGGAAAUUACUCUGUAUUUGCUGCGUCGAUCGAUUCUCGUUCUGUGCCUUCGAUUUGUAAGGUUAUGAAGACGAUCAUGGUGCCGAUCAGGUCAAACAGCGACAUAAGGGAGGGACUGGAGUUGGUGUGGUUCACUCCCUCCUGCGGAUCUUGUGAAAGGAAAGGCGACGUCUGUGGAUGGAGGAGUGAUGAUGGACAUAUCAUUUGCGUUAGUUCUUCUUCUUCUUCUUCCCGUGGUAUUACAAGGAUUGCUAAAUACGGUUUAUUCAUAGGCAUCGGUGUACCUUCAUUAAUAUGUAUCAUCGGACUUGUAUGUUAUGCAUCUUUUAAAAUACAAGGCUAUAACAACACUCAUAACCGAAGCAUUGACUUUUCCUCAAUCACAGUCAUCCCACAAUUGGCCUCAAGAACAGGAUUAGAUAGGCACACAAUUGAGUCCUAUCCAAAAACCGUACUUGGAGAGAGUUAUAGAUUGUCUAAUGAUGAUGCUACUUGUGCUAUAUGUCUUUCUGGUUACAAGCCUAAAGAGUCGUUGAGGACAAUCCCGGAAUGUAAUCAUUAUUUCCAUUCUGAAUGUAUUGACAAGUGGCUUAUGUUGAAUGCAACUUGUCCGAUGUGUAGGAAUACGUCGGAAGGUUCGGCAUUGGUUACGGUUCGGCAUUGGAUACAACUUGGUCGUCAGCAUCAUCAAGGUUGAGUUCCGUAGAUUCAUCGCAGAGAACAAAUAAUUGUGAAUUUUGAUAUAUUUACAUAUAUAUUUUUAUGUAUGAAAACAAGGUUAUAUGGUUAACUCUUAAGGAAUAUAAAAAAGGUAAAUUAUA